AUCCUGGCGACACUGUCUGGAUGGAAAGCGGCUGCCGGCGUUGCUGCUCAGGUGGACACGUCUUCACAGAUUCCGUCUGGAACGUCCGUUCGUGUGCGUGGCCUGCAGGGUUCGCCUGAGAACAAUGGCCUGGAAGGCGUAGUGCAGAGUUUCGAUUCCUCGAAGCGGAGAUACGUGGUUCAGAUUGGCGAGAGGCCACUCUCACUGAAGGCUGCAAAUCUGCUGCAGCUUCUCAGUCUGCAGGCCUUCUUCGCAUCCGAAGAGCAGUCCCUGCGGUGGUGGAAGUACUGCAGGUUCAGCGGUGCACUUCUGUUGAGCAUGCGAGGCGACAGGGCAGUAUCUUUGCCGCCUCUCAAAGGAGACGGCGCCGUGUUCAUCGAUGCUGUGCACUUCCGUGCUUUCGAGUCUUCUCUGCUGACGGUGCAUCCUGUGAUAUUGCUUUGGAACUGUCCCGAUGCAGAGGCCGACGAGGUGCUGCCCCGGGACCUCCGCCAGCCUUCGCAAGCGCAGCUGGGCGUGGGCGCCAUCGUGGCGGUGCAGGGCCUGCAAGCCGCCGGAGAGUGGAACGAGAAGAACGGGAAGGUCACUGAGUUUGAUGAGGAGCGACAGAGGUACCAAGUGCAGGUGGAAUCUGGCAAGGCACUGAAGAUCAAGCCAGAGAACAUUCGCUUACCUGGAGCCUGGAGCCUGCGGCUUAAAGUAGCCAUGGGUACUGUGAUGGAGGAGCGCGUGAAGGCAAUGCUCGGGCCGCCCGAGAUGAAGACGAUGAUGCAAGAGCUGGGCGAGAACUUCAAAUUCCCGGAGUGGAAGUACAGGAUGAACAAGCUGGACUCUUGCAGCAGUGAGGAAGCUUCUAUGUUCGGCGGUGGUGCGGCCUUUGCGCCUGGUGGCCAGAGCCAGGGGCAGGCGUCUCUGGCUGGAACGAUCCCGAAGCAGUCUCUACUUCACGAGCUGGUGCGCUUCGCUGUCCAUGUCGUUCGUGUGGGAUGUGCACGCUUGUAUAGUGCUACAGGAGCAGUUCCAGUGAGCUGCCCAUUCAACGUGGCACUUGUGAUCCCGGCUGCAUUUGAGGUCGGCAUCGACAGAAUGGAGAAGGUGGUCAAGCAGCUGGAUAAAGGCCAUCCCCUGCGGAUCGAUGCUUCACAGCAUUGCAACAGACUGCGGGGCUGGAGAGGUACAGACAUCAAUGUUCUUGACUGCAUGGGCUGUUACCCGAGCUGUCGAGCCGAUGAGCGAGAAAGUCAUGCGACUCAGAAGUGUGCGCUGUUCUGCUAUCAAGGCGAGACACCACUCUUCUGGGCUGUCUCUGCAGAGGCAGUGGAUUACUUGGUGAGAGAGGGGGCUGACAUUCAGCAUCGAAACUCGAUCUGCCAGUGCUCGGCCUUCUACAAGUUCGCCUGCCAGGGGAACCACAAGCCGCUGAAGGCUCUAGCGCUGCAUCUGAGGAAGGCGGGUGUGUUGGAGAAGUACCUGGACGAGCCAGCUUCUGUCACGAAGAGAACGCCUUUGCAUGCUGCAGCUCACAACGGCUUUCUUCAGACGGUGAAGGAACUUCUGUCCAUGGGUGCGGACCGUGAUGCCCAGGACUACUUGGGGAAGACGCCGCUAGACCUGGCGCGGGAUCGUGGCUUCAACGAGGCUGCACUUGCCCAGAAUGGAGUUGCUUUGGCAUUGCUUGGAUGUUCCGCCCUGCUUGGCGCAUUCAGGUCGUGA